AUGUGUUGCAACAAUUCUAUAUUUAGUGGAUCAGUUAAAGAUUCUGAUGGUAAAUACAGUGUUAUGUUAGAAUGUACACACUUAAUUAAUUUAGUUCUGUCACAUGGCAUAACCGAGGUCAACGCUGAUGCUACAUUUAAAGUAGUACCGGCUAAUAUGGGCAGUCAACUGCUUAGUAUUCAUUUUAUGAUGGAUAAUGUAUCGAUACCAAUAGCCUAUGCGCUAAUGGAAACAAAAUUGAGAGACUCAUAUCAAUGCGUGAUGGAUUAUUGA